UAGACGAGAGUUAGUUUCGACACUGUUUGGGUGUAAUGGGUUGUUGUAUGAAAUUAGACACUAAGACAGGCUGUAUUUAUGAAUUACACAGACUAAACUAUGGCCAUGCUUACCUCGAGUCAAGAAUUAACCUCUAUACAUUUCAUGAGAGACUUGGAUCGGAGAAUAUACAUAGCGCUGUAACAGCCACAGCAAGUAUUGAUAGAUCGCAGGCUCCACACAGCGCUGCUAUGGAACUGCCGACCAAUCUUUGACAAGUCGGCUAUGUGCUGCUCCACAGUUUAAACGUAUUGAAGUUACUGAAACAAUGCUUGGUCGCUAUGAAAGAGGACCCUUUCCUUUUCCCUGGUUCUUUCUGAAUCGUUCUAUUUCUUUUGUUAUCGGAGGUUUACUGAACCAAGCAUGGCCACUCGUGUGAUAUUGUAUUACUUUCUUUUCUGUUUUAUUCAAAGGAGUUAUCCACAUGUGAUUAUUAAGCAGCGAGGCCAGAGUACCAUACCCACCAGGUAUGGCCACGUUAGGGGAGUACUGGUAGAACUACCUGUCAAACCUCCGGGAGCUAGCUUACAAAACGUAGAGGCCUAUCUCGGCUUACAAUUUGGUUUUUUAAGGUCCGAUAUUUUGCGGUUUAUGGCCCCUAAGGGCCCAGUGGAUACAUGGAGAAAUGUAAGAUAUGCAGACAAUUAUUCCGAACCGUGUCCUCAAAAAAAGUUCAGCCGGAAGGAGUUGAGGAAGUUUUUACCAAAUGGUACAAUUGAGCAUAUACAUCGUGUGUCACAGUUUAUCAAUUCAACUUCGGAGGAAUGUUUACAUCUCAAUAUUUAUGUUCCGACGAAAGAGAAAUCACAAAAAUGGAACGACACGACACCACUUCCGGUCAUGGUUUUUGUCCACGGCGAGUCUUACGACAUCGGAACUGGAAAUGCCUACGACGGAAGUGUCUUGGCAAGCUAUGGGGAGGUCAUCGUCGUGACGGUCAACUACAGGCUCGGAGUUCUAGGGUUCCUGAGCACGGAGGACAACAACGCUAACGGAAACUACGCACUUCUUGAUCUCCUGGCCGUCCUCACCUGGCUUAACUCAAACAUCGGCGAAUUCGGCGGUGACGUCAAACGCAUUACCUUAUUUGGGCACGGAUAUGGAGCGGCAUUGGUGAACCUCCUUUUGCUGUCCCCCAUGGCUGAUGACAUUGCUAAAAAACUUAUGAUGUCACCGACAGGUCAAUUUUUCCAGAGGGCCAUUCUUCAGAGCGGAUCUGCAUUCAGUUCCUGGGCAACGUCGGUUGAUCCACUGUCUUGUGCGAAAUAUUUCGCGACAAAUCUUAAUUGCUCAAAUUUCUCUAAUGACACUAAAAGUCUAGUGACGUGUUUAAGAGCAAAUAAGUCUGCUGAAGACCUGGUGAAUAAUGUUCCCCUCCCUCCAAAAUAUUAUUCCUGUUUCGCUCCAACCCCUGCCCCAGGCGAGUUCAUUUUUCCAGACAAGGUUGAAGAUCUGUUGAAAAGACGGUCGACGUUUUCACAAGCGCAGGUCAUGUUUGGCGUCACAAAGAACGAAGCAUACUCCUUCAUGAAACAACACGAACUCGACCAUGGGAUCAGUAAAGAGCGAAAGAAGCAAAUCAUAAGGACCUAUGUCCAGAACCUGUUCAAGUUCCAUAGGCAGAAGAUCUACGAAAUCCUUGAUCACCAGUACUCUGAGUGGGAUCGCAGCCAGAAUGACAGCACUAGACUGGACAACAUUAUGCAGAUGUUGAGUGAUGGUCAGUACGUAGCCCCACUGGUCAGAAUGGCUCAAGAACACGCAAAACGAGCCGAUACCUAUGUCUAUGUCUUCGCUUAUUCCACAAAGUCAGAGAAGUUUCCGGAAUGGUCAAGCGGAGUCCAUGGCGACGAACUGCCCUAUGUGUUCGGCGCCCCUCUAGUCAACGGCAUCUCACCUUUCCCUUCGGAAUACAGUCGGGUAGAAAAGAGGCUCAGUGAAGCUGUGAUGACGUUUUGGACAAAUUUUGCAAAAACUGGGAACCCAAACCAACCAAGAAGUGCAUCAGAUAAGUUCUCGGGCAUUACGUGGCCAAAGUACGACAUCAACACUCAGAAUUACUUACUGAUAGGAAAGAGACCGCAGAGAAAGCAUCACUACCGAGGUAAGGAGCUUGCCGUAUGGCUAGACCUUAUACCAAAGAUCGACACGAAGGAUCCCGGAGAGAAAGCCAAUUCUCCUAUCCACAAUCUUAUAAACGCCAACAACAAGUCCACGUUCGAUGAUUACAAUCGUCUGAUCACACAAUUCCACAAGCUGUUUCCACCGUCUCCCCCAAUUCCCCCUAUCACACCGUACAACGUUCAGGGAGACCAUACGUUCAACACAGAGAUAGACGGGAACUCCAAAAACAAUGGACAGCAAUCGACACAGCAACCAAACCAUGACAAUGACGUCACCGAAGAAGGAAAAGAUGAUGCUUCGACACAAGCGCCACCAGUCGUUGGUCCACGACAGGAUAUAUCACUAGUGCACAGUUCCGUCCCUCUGAGUAUCACGGUUGCUGUGGGUUGUUCUCUCUUAUUUCUUAACAUUCUCAUCUUUGCAGGUGUUUACUACCAGAGAGAACGCAUCAAGAAACUACGUCGGAGCGAGAGUUCCAACAGUGAGGAAAUGCGCGUUGGACGCAAAUUGGACAAAGAUGGCCGCGAACAAAAAGGACCGGAAACGACAUCAUUAAUGACGUCAGCACAACAUAACCAAUUAUCACCUGUAAAAAAUGUCAAUACUCAUCAGGAUGUGAAAAAUAACCCUAUAUACACCGCAAUAACUAAAACAUCGGACAAUAGUCCCGCACCGGGAGGGUAUUCAUACACAGCGGUCCCCACUAACACUUCGUCUCCUAUGCAUCGUUCUUCAAAAUCUCAUCAUUCUCAUACCAAUUCCAUCCCCUCAUCCAAUAAAACUGGAAAUUCAAUUAGCAAUGCUACAAGUGGUCGACCACCGGAUGUGUCUCCACGCGUAGACAGUAUGAAAAACGCUUAUCAACAUGAUAAAUAUAACCAAAUAACAGCGAAGGAACAACCCAACUCUAAUAAUGCUAUAACUAUUGUAUAGCAUAACCGUUAACGUUCAGGGGGAGAAAGACAUUCUUUUCAGUAUACGUUUGUUUCCGAAUCAGUGACAUGUUCUCACAAGCAAUUGAUAUCCUUUAAAAUGGUAAUAUCUGAUUCAGAAUUCCAUUGUUCUUUGACACCGGCUAGUUCAGCAAGUUCCUUUAGCGUAUACCUUCAAAGAAAUCGUACUUAUAUGACUUCACAUGAAAACUAAAUAAAUCAACAGUUGUGAAUGUUAUGAAUGCUUUUAAUAUCCUGCUAAAUUGAUUAAAGUUUGUCUAUUUCAUUAUUUGUUUCCUUUUGAAAUGAAUCGUAACGUUUAUUUUCUGCUUGACAUUGAUAAAGAUAUUCACACAUAUUUGUAUAAAACGUAUUUAAAUUGUAAAUACCCCGCUCUUCGGAAAAGUAUAAUCGCUUACCUGUAUUCGUUUAUCUUUAUUUUGUGAUAAAAACAAAUCUCUGGGAUUGAUAUGGCUUACUGAAACAAUAGCCCUCCUUCUACUUGUAUUAUAUAGCAUAUCUGUCAUCUAAGAUUUUAUAGAUUGAUCUUUAUAAACAGGAAAAGGACGCAUUGAUGCUAGCUAAUGUCUCCGACUCUGUUUUCACAUACAUUAAUAUAUCAUAAGUCUGUACGUCACAUAGUUUUGUUAAAAUCGACAGUACUGGGAGGUUGAAUUGAAUUUUUAAACUGGUGGCUCAUUUAGAUGUUAUUCAUUCUGAUUUGACGUCCCAACACUUUUUUUUUCUUUUUUUUUCCGCAACUUAAAUAUGCCUUUAAUGAGAAACAUUCGAUUUUGGUUUUGAUGAUGCAACUAGAUAGCGAAGUUCACGGUUUGUCGACGUUUAUACCACGCAUCAAUGGGGUGGUCUAUGGUAAUUAUCCUUAACGUAAUAAACUACAGACAUUGAUUACCGAGCAGCUACGUAGUCUAAACAAACAGAAGUAUUUAGACAUUAUCCGUAUGUAAAACAUAUGGAAUUAAUCAAAUGCUGGUGCGCCUCGAAAAGAAGAGCUUAGUAGAAAAACAGCAUUGCAUUCAGGUAUGUCGUUUGUAUGUAACAGUAUACAUUGAAAUAGAAAGACGAUGCACUGCUAAACACUCCUUCAAAAAUAUGUCCAGCUUUUUUACAACCGGAUAGGGUAAUAUGGUCUUCAUGCCAUAUUACGUUUACUUUUCUUUUUUUUUUCUGUUUUCCUUCUUUUCUAUCCGUCCGCGUGUGCAAAUAAGAAUCAAAAACGUUCCUCAAUCUCAAGCAACGAUCAGUUCGAUCGAAGUACUGAUUACAUGUAAUUUAUUUGUAUCCCUUUAUUAUAUUCCCUCCUUUAAUGCUAAUUUAAAGGAAAUGAUUUUGUCUGUCUUAUUUUAACAACAAAAAUGGUGUAAAUAGAAAACAAUACUUAAAAUGUUGCUUUUGAUUUCUCUGCUGUCUAUCAAAAAACAUUUUUUGGGUGUGGUAGGGAUAACAUUAUUAAACUUUUAACUUUAUAAAAUAAACAAAAACGGAAGUCUGUACAUACCGUUGCACGAAAAAUUCAAUAUUUCACGAAGGAAAUAUUUUUUCACAAUUCAUUGUCAGUAUUAACUGAAACAAAACAUUUAGCAUGUUGUUUUUAUAUGAUGUUUAUCUUUACAACACAGCAAAUACCGUGAGUAAGCCCUGGGGAUUACAUGGUCAGGUACACUGUGGUAUGUGGGGGUGCUUGCUGUAUUAUCAUCAUAUUGUGUAUUUGUUGAUUCAUCCGCUAUACAUAUAAACAAGAGUGUUUAAAAACACGUGUUGACUAUUUCUCGCAAAAUAAUUAUAAUAAAUUGUAAAAAGAUAGUUUUACUGAGAUAAAUACAACCCCAAAUGCAAAAUAUAACAUACGAAAUUGUUGUUUUGAUUUAUACGUCGUUGAAUUGUGUACAAUAACCUUUCAAAAUGUUGAGAGAAAACAAUUCUGUCGCAUUUUUCAAAGUGACACAGUUAGAAAAUGCUUCUAUAUUUAUGAAUUUUGACGAGAGAUUUCAAUCAGGUGUCUUUAAACUGAUGUAAUAAUGUGCCUUGUCCGAAACCGAUAUAAUGUUCAUUGCUUUGCGCAUUCUUCCGUGUAUAAUUGUAUAUAUGUUACGCCCAAGCGUGGGGAACAGACACAGACGUCUAUCUGUAAUUAUAUGUGUGCUCUCCUAUAUCAUAACAUGUUAUAUAAAUUAUUUAACUAUACUUUGUAUUAUGUAUUGAGUCUUGUAGACUUGACAAUUUCGUUAAAUAUUUCAAUGAUCGGAACGCCUCUCACAUCAGAAGAAUCUUGUAACUUUCAAAUCCAUGCAUGCGUGGGAUAUUCCGACAGUUGACGGAGUUAACCGAGUUCUGCCGAGUGAUUAUAUCGAUACUUGUACUUUUGCCUCUCCCGAAUAUUUGGGCGUGUAUGAUUAAUUGAAUCAAACAAGUGUGAAAGUAUAACAAAACAUAUACAUAUAUUUCUACUAAAGAUAUGGAUGCACGUGUGAUUAAACAACAGUUGGAAUGCCAGGCCGUUAUGGUGAUCAUAUGUCUUAUGCACAAAUUUGAGAUUUGAGAGCCCCUCCCCAUUCCCCUGAGAUUUUUUACGUACAUAGAUGAAUGUGUAUAUACGUGACCAUUUGUAUGCGUUAUUGUUGUUGUAAUCGUUAUUGUUCUUCUGUAUUUUGUUUCUAAAUAGAAACUGUUACCACAGUUACAUAAAUGCAAAUAAUUGCGGGUGAUGUCUGGAGCCCCAACCAACGGUCAGCAUAACCGUAAUCUAUACAUAUCUUUUCAGACCAGUUUUCAAAACAAUCAUUCACAUUUUAAACUCACUCCAUUUAGCGUAAGUGUUUGCAAAGUAGAACAGAAUAAAAUUACUUUCAGGAAUUUUUCAUAAUUAUUUCCAUCAUCAUAUUUAACUUUAUCAUGAUUAUAUAAAUUAAAAAAUAAAUCGUUCUAACAAAACUGAAACAGAUUAUGUUUUCUACAUAUGGCCACUGAUAAGCAUGUCUUCUUAUAAACUACAUGUCUCAUAAUUUCGGGAACAAAGUGUGCAUAAAAAUGAAGAUAUUUUAACAAAAAAAGUAUUUUUGAUUUACGUUUGUUACAUUUUUUCGGCUUUUGGAUAUUUUGUAUUAACAUCGAAUGUACCAAUAUGAAAUUACAACCUCCGAAAAUAAAGCCAUUUAUAAUUAUUUCACGCAAAAAGAUAGAUUAUGUAUUCACAGUGUUUGAAUCACACAUUUUAUUCAUUAAUAUCAUUAUCUAAGUAUAAGUUGAUGUGUGUUUCCACAUUUAGAGAUUUAGAGACAUAUUAUGUUGGUUUGUUUUCCAUUGUUUUACGGUACGUAUGUUAUGUUUCAUUCCAGUAAGUUGUGUACUAGGAGCAGGCUCCCACUUAAUCAAUUGAGUUGUCAUGGUUACGUGAUGAUAGGUCGAUAUCAUUUUUGUCGUAGCACAUCUGUAUAUAAACUGCCAUGUCACAUAAAACUUCCCUGUGUAAACAAAUAACUAUAGCCCCUAUUUCUCGAGAGAAAGAUAAGUAUUUUUCUUUCAUUAAUGUAAGUUUUUUCAUAGAUUGUUUUCAUUUGUUGGAAAGAAAAAGACAUUUCUACUUAAAUAAAAAUGUCAUAUUUUAUUAUUCAUUCAUCAUUUCGGGAAAUGCUUAUUUUCAAACUUAGCAAUAUUCACUUGUAUUUCGAUUCUGAACGUAAUUCAAAGGCCAAUAUGGUAUUAUAAAACUUAUAGAAAAAGAAGUACUCGAAAAGUAUUGUAUUGCCUAUCUCAUAUCAUUUAUAUUUCCACUAUGCGAAGUUAAAACAUUCUAAUUUAUUUCAAUACUAAAUGCAUUAGUUUCUGGAAUUAAACCAACAUUCGACCUAUAUUACACAUGCUUUUUAUGAACAAUCUUAAGUAUAUGAACCUUACUAUAGAAAAUGUUGCACAUGUUUGUACCUCGAGUAUCAUGACUUCAACAAGUAACGUCAUCAAGGUCAAUGAACAUACAGAUUGAAUACAACUGAAUGAGAUGUAUUGACAGGUGUAUAAUUGAGAGCAUAGUCUUGUCAUAAGGUAUAACUCGUGUAUUUUUACGGAUAUAUCCUUUUAAGAUUGUUACUCUUCAUAAGUAAUUCAUUUGCAUUAUGACUGAUAAAUACCUAACAUUAUGUAUUAAAAUCAGCAUGUUUUUGUCGUUUUCGAAAAGCCGACAACUCGUCACAAAGAACAUGACUCUGAGGUUUUGAGUAGUCAGUAAGGGUAGUCUUUCAUUGUAUAUAUGUAGACUGUAAAUACUGUGACGAGUGCGAUAUAGAUCAGUUUGAACAAAUGUUGUUUGGUAAUAAAAUGGGUACAUGUUA